GCACAAGAGUGAAAAAUACGAGACUAGACGAACCGAACCGUCAUAUUCUCUCAAAAGAAGCGAAGCCCUAGCGUCAGUUCCUUUCCUUAGGAUUCGUAAUCUGCUGUUGUGUGCUUGCCUCUCCUCUUUGGCUUAUCAUACCUCUCACUCGCAUCAGGUAAGAAGUUUGGUUCAGAUUUAGUGAGGCUCAUCGCUUUAGUUUCAAAGCUUAAUUAGCUCUUUUGGGGUCUUUGCGUUGGUUAUUAUUAGAUGUUGGAAUACCCUAAUAGCAACAACUGAAUUCUGUGUUGAUAGUGUAGUUAGUGAUUGAUUUUUAGCCUCAUUAAUUGUUUGAUGGAACAGCUGAUGGAAUAGCAUCAACUGCAAUUUAGCUGCAAGUGUCUUGUUUAUUCAUCAUGUAUAGACACCAUAAUUACUCACUCUCUGUGCUUUUGGCAUCAUGAACUCUUUGAUGGAAGAGCUAACAUUGUUUUUUUCUUCUCUUUUGUGAGAUGCACUUUUGGUUAUCAUCAUACCAAAAUGCAGAUUUUCAGUUGCGCUUUCAAUCCAAAUGGACUGCAAGAAGUUCAUCCAGAUGGUCGAGGAGAAGAAACGAAGAGUUCUAGAGAAGAAAGAAGCUCCUCUGAAAUGGGAGCAGAAGCUAGAGGCGGCUGCCAAUGCUAAAGCUGACUCAGAAACCAAAGUAAAGAAGUCAAAGGUCACUAAAAGAAAACAAAAGGGUGCGUAUGAAUCUAGCUCGGAUAGUGAUAGUAGCUCUGAAGUGAGAAGAAAGUCUAGAAGAUCUCGCCAUAAGCACCGGAGACAUGCACACUUUGAUUCAGAUGACAAUGAUAGGAGGAAAGAGAAGAAAUCCAGGAGGCAGAAAAGAAGGUCCUUGAAUCCAAGCGAUCAGAGCAGUGAUGAGUAUGAAAGCAGGUCUGAGGAUGAGCUGAGGAUGAAGAUAAGGCACCAUCAGAGGCACAAGUCGCAUAGCUCAAGAAAGACUUUUGAUGAUGACAAUACCGAAGAUGUGAGAAGAAGAUAUUUAAAGCACCACAGGCGCAGUGAGGUGGUCACUUCAAGUGAUAGUGAGGAAGACACUGGAAGAAGAAGGCCAGGCAAAUAUCACAGGUACGUCAGAGGUUCAGCCUCAUCGAGUGGCUCGGAAGAUAGUGGGAAGAGUAGGAAGAGAAGGCAACAUAAAAGGCACUGUUUGGCAGACUCUUCAAGUGAGGACAAUGGAGCAAUGAGAAGGAGGCAUCAUCAACAUGACAGAGAUUCAGCAUUGGACUCUGAUGGAGGAAUGUUACCAGAUGAGAAAAGAGAGCACAAUCUCAACAAAUGAAAAUGGGAAUUGUAUUUGUUUAAUUCACUUCAUAAGAGCUAAACCAUUUGUACACUAUUUCUACCCAGAUGUUGGGAUCCAAUGAAUGAUGAAUAUUGCACUCUUUUAGAUUUUCAUUUUGCAUUUGUCGCAAGAGGAGUAAACAAAAAAUUGAACUCUGAUGUGUGUAGAAGACGGUCAUUGUUUUGAUUA